AUGUCUGUUAAAUUGUUCGUCGGACACGUUACUCCUGGGUCCCAAAAAGAAGUAUUAGAGGAAAUGUUUUCUCAGUACGGCGUAGUUAUCGAAUGUUCAGUCAUGAAUAAUUACGCGUUCGUCCACAUGUCUACGCAAGAAGAAGCUGAUGCAGCCAUAGCAGAUCUCAAUGGUUUUACAUUCAAUGGCCAACAAUUAAGCGUGGAGGUAUUAUUUUCUUACAGGACAGGCCUUACAAAAAUUUUCAUUGGCAACAUCAAGGCAGGUACUACAGAUGAUGAGUUGAGGUCGUUGUUUGAGACAUAUGGAGAUGUUGCUGAGGCAGAUGUCUGCGGAGGCUUUGGAUUUGUACACAUGAAAAAUCAGGGUGAUGCUCUGAAAGCCAUCAAAUUACUCAAAGGUUAUCUUCUCAAUGGAAAUAGACUGAACAUAGAGGUGUGA